AUGUCCUUGGUGUUGGGGCACAACCGCUUCGAUACAGUGCGUCUGGAAGAGUCGACGAUGAUGUCUCGUGCGCCAGCCGUCGUGGGUGGUCGCUUGACACGAAGACCGCAGGUCGGGUUCGAUGUCCGUGCGUACGUCCUCACGUUUGGGCUAUUUCUCGGACCAGAGAUGCUCCUGAACUUCAGCCUACCACCACCCAAUGACGCCGGUGUGCAUCAUAGACUAUACAUCAAUGUACAACACAACAUUUACGAUCAACAACUGAAACCCGUUUGCUAG